AUGGUUCUCAAGUUGUACGGGUUUUCCCCUUCAACUAAUACCCAGCGUGUUGUACUUGUUCUUAACGAACUAAAUGUCCCAUUUGAGUAUGUCACCGUCGACUUGUCCAAAGGAGAACAUAAGGGAGAGGAAUAUAUGAAGAUUCAGCCCUUCGGCUGCGUUCCAUGCAUAGAUGAUGAUGGCUUCGUUCUCUAUGAAAGUAGAGCUAUCUGCCACUACAUCAUAGCCAAAUACGCAAGUCAGGGAACCGAACUAGUUCCGACCGAACUAAAAGCAAAUGCUCUAUACACUCAAGGACUGAGCCUUGAAGUAGGCUCCUUUGAGGCUGCGGCUGCCCCGUUCGUUUACGAAAAACUCUUCAAGCCAUACCAAGGCUUGAGUCCUGACGAACACUCGGUGUUAACUCUAGCAGAUCUUUAUCACCUUCCUUACCUUAAUCUGCUUCCCAAAGUUGGCUUUAAUGCAAUUGACGACAAACCAGCCGUCUCCAGAUGGGCAAAAGAAAUUCUUGCUCGACCGUCCUGGCAAUCGCUUCUUGCUAAUGACAUUAAAGGAACUGCAUAG